AUGCUUAAAGUUAAACCAUUAACCCAUCAGUUUGUAUCUAAUCUAAAGACCCAUGAAAAAAAUACCGACGCUAAAAGGAACUUGAUUCUAUCAAUUCUUAAAUCAACUACAACGAAGCGAGAGGCUCGGAACUAUUUAAAUAAGUAUCAGAAUCAGUUUGAUUCGGACGACUUGGAAUGGACAAGAAAUAACCGUGAAUCAAAUCUCAGAACAAGAACGGGGCAAAGAGAAUUAUUCAUAAAUAGAUUUUUGAAUCAGCAAAACCCAUUCGUCAACAUAUACGACACGGACGACCAUAAGAUACCAAAAAUUCCCCUUAGAAUUGCAUUAUUUAAAAUCAACUAUACGACUAUUGAGCAUGAAACAUGGAAGGGAAUAUCCGAGACUUUUUCAAGAUUGAUUCAAUUAGGAAUCUCUCCCGUCGUUUUACUUGAUUACGAUCAUUUACCAACAAAUUCGUUCAAAUAUAACGAAUUGUAUGUGACAAAUUUGGCCAAUAAAAUUUCAAAUUACCUUGGGAGAAUUGACGAUGACAGCUUAAAAUCCACAAUUGUAAGAUCCGUUUUUUAUAAAGAAAAUGGGAAAAUAAAUUUGACUAGUUUGGAGCAAGUAGUGAUACCCUUAUAUCAAGGAAUAAUACCUAUCAUUCAACCAAUUGCAUUUAACACUGAAGCGACAUGUCAAGAAUUUGUCGGUUCUCAUGAACUUCUUCUUGGAUUGAGCUCUUCAUUGGUUGAUGCGAAAGGUGUUCUUACACUUGAAAAGAUUGUCAUGAUUGAUCCAAUUGGUGGUAUUCCUUCUGUCGAACGGCAGCAAUCGAGUCACGUUUUCAUUAACUUAUCACAGGAAUAUUCAGAUAUAAUAUCGGAGCUAUAUAUUGGAUUUAUUAGACCUAAGACUAGGGAAAUGCAUUUAAGUAACUUGACUACUAUGAAUAAAAUAUUGACCAUGAUUAAUUCCAAAUAUGGUAACGAUGAUGCAACGGGGAUUAUUACUACUCCUUAUAUCAUGUCUAUUAAUGAAGAUCAGCUCAAUCCCAUCAUAUAUAAUGUUCUAACUGAUAGAGCAGUGAUCUCGUCGUCCUUGCCAAGUUCAAAUAAAUCAACACCCCAACUAUCGACUUCCAUAAUUAAAAAGGGUGUCGAUGUCUCAUGCUAUGAUGCUGAGAACUUUGAUGGUGAGUUCACUAUGACUAACUUAAUUAAAAGGAAUCUUGUAAAUAAGGAAAGGCUUGUUCAUUUAAUGAACGACUCAUUUGGAAAGGUUCUCGAUGUGAAGAGAUAUUUCGAGAGGAUAGAUAAAUCUAUUGCAACAGUAGUUAUUGUCGGAGACUAUGACGGAGCGGCUAUAAUAACUUGGGAAACGGUAGGACGUUCAAAGGAACCCGUUGCUUAUUUAGAUAAAUUUGCAAUUGCAAAAAAGAAUCAGGGAUUGCCAGGAUUAGCAGAUGUCAUCUUCAAAAUUAUAUUGCAGUCACAUCCAGAUGAGCUAAUUUGGAGAUCAAGAAAAAAUAAUCCAGUAAACAAGUGGUAUUUCGAAAGAUGUUAUGGCUCAAUAAGUUCUCCUGGCUCUCAAUGGAAAAUAUUUUACACUGGGGAUAUUUUCAACAAAAAGAUCAAUAAGACUCAAUUUAAAACCGUUUCAAGUAAGAUUGAUAUCCAUGAGAAGCUAUCUCAAUAUAGCGAUAUAGGCGAAGGUAUUCCUCCGUCAUUUAGCUUAUAA